UCCACCAUUUUAAAUUACAGUAGGUAAUGGAGUGUUUCUCGUGCCGAGACAUAUUUUGUUUUACCAGGAUCAUAUUAAUUUCGUUAAACAACAUAUUAUGCCCGAUAUAAUACUCUGAUGACUGUCAUUAGUAAGGAUUGCUACUGACUUAUGCUGACCACCUGUAACGGUAUUACGAGCGCCUCAAACACAAAACUUCGACACAAAGAUAACCCAACAGAUCACCCCCUUAAUGACGACUCGGUGGUGAUGCGGCGUAAAGGCAAUGCUUACCAGUUCGACGUUGUAAACGAUCUUCGUACAAUUCACAACAACUCUUCGUCACAAACGGAGCUCCAAGGGACAUGGCGACUAUCCGCGGUUACAGCGCCAUGCAUGUCUGCAGAUUGGGUUUCCUCUUAGUUCUUUUUGCUCUAGGCUCAGCACUUGAGGAGGAUGAGGACACAGUGGCCGAAGAGCUCGGCGCCCAUCAACUGGAGCGAUUGGUGGAGCUGCUGACGCCAUCUGAGUGCGAGGACCUCCUCGAUGCCCUCUCUCAGCCAGAAGAAAAAAACUUGGAGCGUAUUGUCAGAAGAGCCACCUCUUCACUCGAAGAAAGUGAGGCUAAGUGUCGGAAGGAUCUGAGAGACCAGCUGCAGAAAUACGGUGGGGAGAUCUACUUCGACCGACUCACUCGGGCCUUGCACCACAUCGACAGAACAGACAUCGCCGUUGAGCUGGGAAAGAACAUCAACCAGGAUACAAUUUUAAACCUGAAACGCUACGCCGAGGCAUAUCAUGAGUUUUUCAAGUCCGUGAACACCCAAGAGGCAGAAGGGGAAACCAGUGAAAAGAAAAGACGGAAAAGAGCGUCUGACCUGACGUGGCGCGACCUCGAUCUUAUUGUGGAGCGCCCCUCAGUCCCUGCGUACUCCAAGGGCCCUUUGGACGUGGCGCUCCCCAUCCUGUAUGGGAUCCUGCUCGGCUUCGGGGGAACCUUGCUCGCGGCCGUCUCCACGCUCUACGCCGUCUUGCGCAUCUCACGUCGGAGCCAGCAGAGACGUCAACCCAGGGUGACUUGGUACCCCGGUUAUGAGGUGAUGAUUGAAAAUUAGUCAAGGAUAUUUUUGUCGCUGGACACAAAUGUAGGUGGUAUGUUCAAAAACACAUGACAGAACAAUUAAAGGCGCUCCAACAGGAAUAAUUGGGUUCAGCAGUGGGUUUUUUUGUAAACUGUUGCAAGACUGCAAAGCGUUUUGGCUCGCUUGGAGGUUGGUGACUCGGGGCUGACAGAUGCACUGGAGCCAUGCCCUGGCGCCAAAGGUUGUUCCGGUGUUACAUUGAGGAGGAUGCCGACUUGUGACCGUCUGGCAUGGAAGAGCAACUAAUUAUGUAGCUGUGCCGCUUGCUUUGUGCCAAGCCUGUCGAUUGUCACACGGUCCUUUGAAUUGUUAGGAA